CACUCAUUAUUUCUGACUUUCCAAGUGAUAACGAUAAGGCAGUUUGUUUGAAAUGUGUGAAGUGAAUUUAAUAAAAAAAAUCAAACAUUUUGAUUUGAAUGCAGAUUCUAUUUUUCGUGAUUUAUUUCUUGCUGAACGGUAACUUGAGGUGACUGAACAGAACGGAGACCAAUGAUAGGCUAGUAUUUCGGAACAAACAACAAUAUUUAUUCGUGAAUACUUCUGUGGAAAUCGGAUUGUUUCUCUCGCACGUUUUUGCUAUUGAUUUUCAUUGUCUUGCUUCCUUCAUUUCAACAUGUCUUCAAGCUUUUGUGAUUCAGAUUGUCAAACGAAUGGAUGUAAAAGAAAAGUCCAUUCCUAUGAAGCAAGGUACGUUUGGACGAUUACUGAUUUCAAUGUUCACGAGACCAAAGGCGUACGAUUAGAUUCACCUCCGUUUUCAUCUGUUAAGAAUAAUCAAAUUAAAUGGUGCUUGGAACUUCGUCCUAACGGCAAUACCGAUGCAAAAGAUUCUGUCAGUUUGUAUAUCUAUUUGAGUAAACUCAGCAGUUUGGAAAAAAACAAAAAAAUAUUCGCGCAAACUACACUUCUUGUUUUAGAUAGCGUAAAUGAUAAAAAAAUCGAGAAAUCCCUCGAAAUUAAGGAAUAUCCUCAUCCUGACAUUGAUAACUCUGGUUGGGGCUACAGUGAAUUCAUUAAAAAAGAUGAAAACUUCAGAAACAAGUUACUUUCAAAUAAUACAUUGACGAUUUGCUGUGAAGUGAAGUUUUCUGAUAUGAGAUGUUUUUGUGAUAGUGGCAUUGAAUUGCCCGAAUGUGACCUCUCUGAAAACUUUGCAGCAUUGAUUAAAGACCAUACGUUCACGGACGUUGUACUUUCCGUGAAUGGUAAAGAGUAUCCUGUCCAUAAAGCUGUAUUAGCUGCUCGUAGUCCAGUUUUCUACGCCAUGUUCAAACACAGCACGAAAGAGAACGAGCUCAAUCGUGUAGAUAUUGAGGAUGUUGAUGAAGCUGUUGUGGAAGAAAUGUUGAUAUACAUUUACACAGGGAAAUGUGAAGUUCCAGAUGCAUUGGCCGAAGAAUUAUUCGUAGCAGCUGAUAAAUACGAUUUGGGUCGAUUGAAAAUUAUGUGUGUACAGAAAUUAAUCGAGGGAUUGUCAGUGGAGAAUGCAACGAAUGUUGUUAUAUUGGCAGAUAUGCACCACCACGAAGAUCUGAAACGUGAAGCGAUCAAGUUUAUGGUAACCAACUUUGCUAAAGUCUUGAACACUGUAGGUUGGAAAAAUAUGCUUUUAUCGAAUCCUCAACUGGUGACUGAAGUUUGCCAAGUAGUAUCACUACAGUUGUAAUGUGAUUGUUCCGUGUCAACAUUUUUGUUUUUUCACAAGUCUUUUUGUUUUGUUUCAAUUCAAUAAUAAUUACAUCGAUGAUAGAUAUAUUUUUGUUCCUAAGAUUAUCAUUGUUGUAAGCUUCGUUGAAAAUCUUGUUUUCAAAAUAAUACAAAAUUGCAUAAGUACGUAUUAGAUAAUAAGUACCUACCUAACAGCUCUAUUAUAAAUAAUUAUUAUCUAUAGUUUAAUGGUAAAUUUAACAAUUAAUAUGUAUUAUUGAAGAAAAAAUAUAACUAAUGCCUCUUUAGUUCAACUUGAAAA